UGCUAAACAAAUAUGCAGCAGCAGCUACUAGUGGGCGUGUCGAAAUAUGUUGCACGCUGCCUGCUGUGACAAGAAUAAUACACUAUUAUGACUAUUGUCAUUUUUUAUCAAUUUUUGUGUGGUAAUCCACCUCUGUAUACCAACCAUUCUACUAUGGUCGAGUGCUGUUGUUUGCCUGUGGAAGGACUGCAAUGUAUGUCCUAAUGUACAUCAUCGAAAAUUACGUGGGGUGGGAUACAAAAAAGGAUACAAUGUAUAUUUGUAUAUUUGACGGCACAUUAGGAAACUGUAUAUGCAUUUUGCGGCCCUGUAUUUGAGAUGUAAUCAUACUAAUGUAUAGGAAAACAUUUUGUUACAACUUUGGUUGAAAAUAGCAGCAAAUGGAUAUUGGUUAAUUGAACAUGUUGAAUAUGUUUGAAUACAAACGUUUACCGAUGAUUCACCUUAAAAUAAUCAUAAUAAAAACCUCCUUAAUCUUGUACUAUUAUUAUCUCUCUAAUCUUGACUGUGAGUCACAGCUCGGAAAUGUUGUCAAAGACAUGUUUUUAAACUCUAUAAUAAGUUGUCGAACAAACGUAUUAACGUAUUAUUUUUCUUGUUAAGACACACAAAUACUUCAUUAAUCCUAUCACCAUGGAAACGGGUGCGCCGGCCAUAAACCGCGCCUCUUUGCAUACGUCACGGCGUUGGGCGGUGGACUUCCUGGUUGCUGCAUGCCUGCCCUGGCCGUUGGUUUAUGGCUCAUUGUAAUAUUUCUUAUUCGGGGAAUGCUACAUAACGUCCUGCGACGUGACUGGAUUGGCCGGAUUCGACUGGCGCUCACUCUCUGCGGACUUCCGUUCGCCGGCUGCACCCACCAGGUCCGCUCGGCCAUCUCCUGCUUUCCUUCUCACCCUUUCGGGGCCACUGGAACCAUCAGACCCGUCCGUACAAGUUGCUUUAACCUCGACACUACCAGUACCUGGACAAUGCCAUCCUCAGCGGGGCCCCACAUCAAGGCUAGAUGUGCCCUGUACCCAGGGUCCAAAAUCAAGCGCUUCCUUGUGCCUGAUGACAAGGUGGAAUGGAGUCAGAACUGGCCGCAGUAUAAUCCUGUUAGCUACACCGACCCUUCUGUAGAGAAGAAGCCUGUGUGGGCCGAUCCGGAUAUUGGAUCUUUCUCUCCAAAGUUUAACACCGUGGAUGGUGCUGUGGACAGGACGAGCUUUGAAGGCAGCUACAAAACAGAAAAUGGAAAGCCGCUAAAUCCUCGUGGACGCACUGGGGUGACUGGUAGAGGUUUGCUGGGACGAUGGGGACCCAAUCACGCAGCAGAUCCCAUCGUCACCAGAUGGAAAGUAGAUGUCACAAAAGAGAAGAUUUCUCACUCCGUCUCCAAGCGGCCAAUCUUGCAGUUUGUGUCCAUCAAGAGGAAGGACUGUGGGGAGUGGGCCAUUCCAGGGGGGAUGGUAGAUCCAGGGGAGCAGGUCUCUCUUACACUGCAGCGUGAGUUCUCGGAGGAAGCGAUGAAUUCGCUGGCAGUCCCGGCGUCGGAGGUGGCCAAAAUCAGCGAGCGCAUCGGCGAACUCUUCAAAUCGCCAGGGUUUCAGGUCUAUAAGGGCUAUGUGGAUGAUCCUAGAAACACUGACAAUGCUUGGAUGGAGACGGUGGCCGUCAACCUCCACGACGAAUCAGGAAACAGUGUGAGCGAGCUGUCGCUGCAAGCCGGCGACGACGCCGCACAAGUCCAGUGGGUUGACGUUGACUCGUCUUUCCCGCUGUAUGCGAGCCACGCGCAGUUCCUGGAGCUGGUUGCCAAGGAGAGGAACGCUCACUGGUAACCAAGGGGGACGGACUCUGGCACGACGACGAUGAAGGAAAGACGAAGGGCCUCCUUGCUUUCUGUGUGCUGCGUUUAGGUUGCAUGACACAUAAACUUAUGCAAAUCUUGUCUCGCUAAUUCAAACGUGCUAAUCAUAGUUAAAAUUUUAUCGACAUUUAUCCCAUUAGCUUCAUAUGCAUGCCCGCUAUAUAAUGCACAGAGACAUUGUGAAGAUUGAUCUACUGUAGCAAAUGAAAGAUGUGGCAAGCCACAAUAUUUCUAUUUGCACUAAUUAUGCUAAUUAAUUCAAUGUUAAGAAGGAUCACAUCAACCCAGCGUGAGUCUGUAAGAAGAAACACAAUGACAUGCUGAACAUGACACGUACUACAUUAAUGUAAGUGUGAUAUGAUAAGGAGGACGCCCAUGAUGAAAAAAUGCAGACUGACUUUGAUCUCUAGACGUGAAUAGAGUAAGAAGAAAGGCUGCAGCUGCCCACGCGGCCCAGCGGUGCACCAACGCUGAGCACCGACAGGCCAAAGCUAGAGGACAAACAUGUUUUCAAGGGGCAACAGACGGUGGAAUCCAAGGCAACAGAAGGUGUCAUCUCACUGCGGGGAGGGGGAGUUGUGCAUGAAACGGCUCGUAUCUGUUGGGAUUCAGAAGCCAGCAUGUGGACACUUCUUUCAUCAAGAGGCCGUGCACAGCAGACCACCACGUGUUUGUCUGCUGGUGCGACUAACCGAUUUCACGAGGUGUGAUGUGACAUUUUUGAAACUGUGUUUUAUUUUUUUUUUAUUGGGCUCUCAUUGCUGCUUAAGCCACAACAUUUGUCUGCACAACAUGAUAUUCAAUUUGCAUUGAGGUAUGAUCGCAGCAGCAGCCGCUGUGCAUGGUGAGGUUCUGCUUUUCAAUCCCUAAACUAAAAGCAUAGUCUUUAAAAUGUCCACUCACUCGCCUCUGUUAGACUCCCAGUACACUGAGGCCACUUACCAUCACUACUGAAGCAUUUACAGUCAGCGCACUGAUGCAGGAAGGGAGUGUAUUUGCCUUCCACAUGUUCCCAGUUGUAUCUGUAACCUGCCAGUCACAUGAUCCUCCUAAUCUUUGCCUUCAAAAGUUCCGACUUUAUUUCUCCAUGCUUAUUGUGAUUAUGGCUGGUGGUUAUUACAAGACCAAUAAAUACAUGGUAGGAGGAGCUGUGAACUAAUUUAUGUUUUGAUUGGUUUUAUCAUAAUUAUUGUUCGGUAUAGCACUUUGCUGAAUGGAUUGUCUGUAUUUGCUGGAAUAAAGUAUCUACUUACUAAACUUGCACUGAAAA